AUGGCGAAACUGAUUUAUACAAGAUCCGCGACCAAGGAGGAAAUUCGAAAGGCGUAUCGCAAGGCAGCUCUUGCACACCAUCCCGAUAAGGUCUCGCCAGAAGAAAGAGAACAGGCCGAAGUACGAUUCAAAGCUGUUAGCCAAGCUUACGAUAUCCUUUUUGAUGAUCAGAAAAGACACCUUUAUGAUACUCAUGGAAUGUGGGCGUUUGAUGGGUCGGGGCGGCCGGGAAUGCAAGGUGGUUCUGAUCUUGAUGACCUCCUUGCGUCGAUGUUUGGUGGUGGUAUGAACAUGGGAGGCGGCAUGCCAGGGUUUGGCGGACAACGGUCGAGCAAACUCAGGAAGGGCCAAAACGAGGUUAAAAAAUAUGCGGUGAGCUUGGAGGAUUUAUACAGGGGCCGGACCGUCAAGUUUUCAAGUACGAAAAAUGUCAUUUGCACUCUUUGCAAGGGGAAGGGCGGGAAGGAGAGGGCAACACCAAAACAGUGCUCUCCCUGUGGGGGGACAGGUUGCAAGGAAACCCUGGUGCAAGUUGGCCCGGGCAUGGUUACCCAAACCAUGGCAGAAUGUAAGGUGUGUGAAGGUUCAGGGAGCUUUUUCCAGCCAAAAGAUAAGUGCAAGAAAUGUAAAGGGAAAAAGGUUACGGAAGAGAGAAAGCUGCUUGAAAUCUACAUCCCUCGAGGCGCGAAACAAGGUGACAAAAUUACACUAGAGGGCGAAGGAGACCAGUUCCCAGAUAUAGAGCCGGGAGAUAUCGUGUUUGUCUUGGAAGAAAUCAAACACAACACGUUCCGAAGAGCCGGUGCCGACCUGAUGGCCGAGAUUGAAAUCACGCUGGCGGAGGCAAUCUGCGGAUUCUCUCGUGUGGUGCUGAAACACCUCGACGGAAGAGGAAUCGAGAUAUCUCAUCCUAAGUCAAACGGCGCCAUUCUAAGACCGAAUCAAGUUCUCAAAGUCGCGGGCGAAGGCAUGCCGUUUAAAAAGAGUGAUGCAAGAGGUGAUCUUUAUCUGAAAGUCAAAAUAACGUUCCCUGAGGAUGGUUGGGCCUCGGACCCGACUGUCCUUGCAAAGCUCCGGGAGGUUUUCCCUGAUCCCGGCACAGCCAUCGAAGCUGAGACGGUGGAUGAUGUCGAGUAUGACCCGAAUGGAAAUCUCGAGGACUUCGGAUCCAACAACAGCCGGGGAGACUCAGGUUGGGAAGACGAGGAAGAGGAAGAGGGCGCGCAGGCACAGUGUACGACACAGUGA